CUCACGAACCAUCAAGAAGCCGAACAACAACAGCCAUGCAUUUCUUCAAGUCGUCCACCUCUGCCUCCAAGAAGAACCAGACCUCAUCUGCUACUACUACGCCUGCACAGACUCCCCGCAACUCGGUGCACGAGACCCGCUCAAGAAUGAUGACCCAAGACGAGGCCCUCGAGAUGAUUCUCUCCAAGAGCAUGGCCAAUGCCGCUUCCGGCCCCUUUUUCAACAAGAACAAGUCUGCUUCCGCUGCUUCUUCCCCUGCCGCUACUCCCCGUACCUCUAUGCAAGGACAUCGUGCUUCUCAGGACAAGCUCUCUCAGCAAAAGGCUCUUGAGAUACUGAUGAACCAGUCAAUGCCUAAUGCUGCUUCCGGUCCUUUUGUUCGUUAAAAAAAAUUAAUUGGCAAGAUUCAAGGCCUCAACGAGCUAUAAUAGCUUCCAUCGUUCAUACCCAUUUGCAUCCAUGACACUUUCCUUGUAUAGUAUUGCACUAGUCCUCUACCAAACAUUAAUAAAAUCACUUAAUUAAACCU